AUGCUGCAUCUCGAAUUCCUCGACCUCCCGCAGGAGAUCCGCCUCCAGGUGUACAGUUAUCUGCUCGUCGUACCAGCGUUCGGCACACCCCAAUUCCCAGGCUGCCACGAGACACCCAUCUAUCCUCAAAUUCUGGCCGUAUGCCGUGUGAUCCACGACGAAGCAAAACAUCUUCUCUACAGUCGCAACACGUUCAUCGCACAUCCUACCGCCCUCUCUUGCCGCCCACGGCUGCGCCUAUACUAUGAUCCCAUCAGUCGGCCCGAUCUGCGUUUGCUGAUCCGAAGCUAUUAUAUAUGUCUUCGCUUAGACUGCCCUCCCCCUUACUCUGCAGCAAAAGUCCAGGAAGCAUUUACGGGUGUGCAUAGACUGACCAUCGAUGUCAUUCGGCCCCCGCGUAAUGACCCCCAUUACGAGGUUUUGGGCCUAUUUGAGGGAGUCAGGGGCGUGAAUCGACCGAUGGUUAUUGGAAAUGUUGCCCGCUUCCCGGAAUAUGCCAAGUGGCUGCAGAAAUCCAUGUCGACACCUAUCGGUGUUGAUGUGAAAAGCUUCAAGUGGCCAGAAGAGCGGAAUAGUGCCCCGUGA